AAAAUACCUCUUGCUUUCUUGACUCCUUGUGCAACAUAUUCGGGAUACUGUGAAGCUUCCAUCUCUGCCAAUUCAAAUCAUUCAUCCGUGUAUCCUAUCGUUACCAGCUUGCAAGACCAAAUAUGGCUAAUCCACGGCAACGUCGUAAAGCCAAAUCAUCAACGCAUAAAACCGUAUCCCAUUCACGGCGUGCCCAGAAGCUCCUGAAGAAGAUGCCAGUGAUACGAGGUCCAAAAGUCUUGCAGGACGCUUGGGAUAAAUCAAAGACAGUUCACCAAAAUUAUGCUGCACUGGGGCUUCAGUUCGCUUUGACCCCCACGCAUUCGGGCGGAGCAGAGCGGACAUUAAUCCCUCCAAAAGGUUUAGCUGGUGCUGGGUCAGUUCCUGCUACCCCUAAAUCAGUUGAGUCCAGCCCUUUGGCUAUCCCCAGAGGGUUUGGAAGAAUUAUUCGAGACGAAUUCGGUAAUGUGAUACGAAUCGACCUUUCUGAAUUUGAGGAAAUCCAAGACUCUGUACAAAACACCGAGCUCCCAGAAGCGGAUGUAGAUGAAAAAUCUAUGGAUAAUUGGGGUGCACAUCCGGUUGUUGUGUUGGAGAAACUGUCGGCCUCGGGCAGGGCACUUCCGCGACACUCGUCAUGUGGAGAAAGAUCAUACCUCGCGCGCUUAAUCCAAAAAUAUGGCGAUAACUAUGAAAGGAUGGCAAGAGACCGCCGUCUGAAUCCUGAACAAAAGACAGUGGGUGAGCUAAGAAGGGCGGUCGGAAAAGCGGGCGGGGCGGAGUCAUUCUGUUGACUGAUAUAUUCAUGUGCACACAUUGUCGCAGACUGACAAUGCAAUACAGGUCUG